AUGAGUGUCUUCUCCAAGUCGAGUUGGGGAACCAAGCUGCUUAAGUCGGGUCUUUUCUCUGAUGUAUGCAUCUAUGUUGGUGACUCCAGUUUUCGUUGUCACAAAAUUGUUUUGGCAUGUGCCUCUAAGUUCUUCGAGAAACUAUUUCAACAUGAUGAUGAGCAAACGGGAGAAGUUACAUUAGAGGGCGUAACACCCGAAGUAUUUAAAAUGUUUCUUGAGUUUAUUUACAAGCCGAACGAUGAUCAAUUGGACGACCUGGAACCAGAAUUACUAAUGUCUGUUUUAAAGUGUGCGAAUAUGUGGCUGGCCACAGAAGUAGAAGGGAGAUGCGCCAAAAUCCUUUUAACCUUAUGCGAGUAUAUGGAACCAAAUACGCUUUUCAGACUUUAUGCUGUGUCUUUUUUUGUGGACCAUGAGCUAUUAAUGAUAGUGGUAGUUCAGUUCUUGCACGAAAAAUGGCCCCACAAAAUAGAUUGUCCAUCUACUGCAAAAAUGGAACUCGACUGUUUUAAGGAAUAUUUUCAGAGCACCAAAAAAAUUAUCUCUGAACUAAGACGUUUCAACAUGAUAGAAAACUGGUUUAAUGAAAAUAAUUUCGACAGUAAAUGCUCAUCAAUUACAGAUCAGAUUACCGAUAUGCUUAAAAGCAUUGACUUUCAGGAAAUGACAUUAAAAGAAAUCUUCGAUGGUCCUGGAAAAUCCAAUGUGUUGUCUGAUACUUUUGCUUAUCGAUAUAAUUUACUAAAUAGCCUUAAGGCUAAACUUUGA